AAGUAAUUCGAAUUAUAGUAAAUAGUUCCAUCCCUUCAUAUCUAACCGAAAGAAGGCCUAUAUAAGUGAAUAUCAUGUAAAGGAGAUUAACUAGAUCAUUAUAGAAUCUGCAAGUAAUGAAGCCAUGAAAGGAACUCAUGAGCCUCGUUCAAGCUCAUCAUGUGCAGCUUGCAAGUUGUUGAAGAGAAGAUGCGUCCCGACCUGCAUAUUUGCACCGCAUUUUCGCUCCGAUGAGCCCUUGAAGUUUGCCAAAGUUCACAAAGUGUUUGGGGCAAGCAAUGUGAGCAAGAUCCUUAGUGAAGUGCCUGCGGAGCAGAGGGAGGAUACUGUAAGUUCACUCGUGUAUGAGGCCGAGGCGAGGCUCAGAGACCCUGUCUAUGGUUGCAUUGGCGCCAUAGCUAUGCUGGAGGGAAAGAUGGUGGAGCUACAACAUGAUCUCGCUAUUGCUAGAGCCCGUCUCGCUUCUUAUGGCCAUCCGAAUUCUUCAUCAGUUUCCUCUUAUUCUGCGUCUUCAUAUACAAUGUUAGAGGAUCACCUUAGUGAGGCUAACUUCGCUGGUUUUCCUGCUUGUAGUGGAUUUAGCAAUGACUUCACUCAGAACUCAACUGAAUUUGUAAGUGAACAUGGAACAACUAGUGGUUUUAGCUAUCCUCCAUAUAUCCUUUAGAUUCUGAUAUCUAUAAUAGUA